AUGGCGCUUUCCCGCAGACACCCCGGUGCGGCGCCGCCCUCCUAUCCCGACCCAGCCAGUUCGCAGGUUCCAACGUGUCCCUUCCCCUCCGCGCCCGGCCGCGUCCCCGCCCUCCCGGCCCGCGGAACUCUCGGAGCCCGGAGGAGGCAGCGCCGCCCGCAGCCCCAGGGGGGGAGGUGCAGCCCGCGGCAGCCCAGCGCCCUCCCUGAGGGCGCACUCACCGAAGUCCCUGCGCCCCUCCGCCGGGGCCUCGUGGGCCGCGCGGGCGCCGGGGAAGGACCUGUCCGCCCUCGCCCUGCCCUGGCCCGGAUGACUGAACCCCGCACCGGCUCCCCAGGGGCCUCUACCAGGUCAUGUCCCCCGCCGUCCUCCGCGCCCGCGCACCGAAAGACAGGUGCUAAGGGCGCCGCCGCUCGCCUGGAAAUGCGAGCUACCUGGGCAGGUAAGAGGCUGCGGCUGGGGCGCGGCCCCGCCCCGCGGCCGCCACCGCGGCUGCCGCCCCGCCGCCCAACUCCCCCGGCCGCAUUCCUGCCUGCCUCCUUCUACAACGGGCCAUUGUCGGCACGGCCCCGGUGGGCUGGGGACCUCGCCCAGCCCACGCCCAGCCGCGGAGACAAGCCGUCCCUCCCCCAGGAACUGCAGUGCCCCCACACAACUCAUGUGCGGAGACCAGCCCUAGAACUGGACUUCUAGCCCUGGGUGCAUUUCUGUGCGAGUCCUCCUGGGUCUGGCUAAUCUCUCCCUCUCCCUGAGAGCUGGAAGGAACACCAGCCACAUCUACCAUUCAGUGAGCAUCUCUUUCAUGACCGGCGGGCCCGAGUGGAUUGCACGCAUUAACCCACUACUGUCAAGUCAGCCCUGCAAGGGAGGGAGUACUACACCCAUUUUAUGAAUGAAGAAGAAAGACUUCAAAUUAUGUUUUCUCAUAAUCUAUGGCCAAUCGGUUCUGUUCUCAGGAAUACACCCCAAAGAAACCUUCACCCAGUUCCUUAGGGCACACAAAUGUGAUGUC